UAGAUGAGGUGAUUGUGUGUGUGUGUGUGCAUGCGUGUGUGUUGCCAGUAUUUAAGCAGUUAGCCCUGAUUUCCUCUGCUCAUUUGUUCUGCUGUCAUGGAUCUGAAAGUUGCCUUAGUGGCUGUUUGCCUGUUUGCUUUGGCCAUCACCUGCACUGAAGCUGUCAUCCCAACGUGCUGCAUUAAAACAUCAAGGCAUAUGAACAAACACUAUCUGAUGAAGGUGGAGAAGUGGUACGUUCAGGAGGGCAGCGGCGCCUGUGACAUCUCUGCAUUGAUACUGUACGUGAAGGGCCGGGAGAAGCCCUUAUGUGCUCCUCUCAAGGUGAAGACCACCCUGGAGAGACUGCAGCAGAGAAGGAAGAGACACAAUCUGAAAGCAGCUCACUGAGUUUGGGAAUGAAAAACCUCAUCUAACUCUGGUGUUUGCAAGAUCUGACGGUGGUUUAUCUUUUUCAUCAAAUACGCAGGGGGGCCCUAUACUGAACUGUUACUGAAUUGAAUCUGUAUGUUGUGAUAAGAAAGACUGACAUGUAAACUGGGAUGUGGAGGCUGUAAACUGGGAUGUGGAGGCUGUAAACUGGGAUGUGGAGGCUGCUGUUAUGACACAUUUGUACAAACACUACAAGUAAAACAAGAGCAUGUGACAUGUGAUGAAAUUUGUGAGGGAUCUAAAACAAAUACUGUAAUUUAAACUGGGAAGUGAAAGUAAAAUGUGCCGAUCUGCCAUGACUGAUCCCACUGAGAGAAAAACUGCUGCAAGCAACAAACAUUAUAAAAAAGGGUUGGAAAGUUUCACUGAGUUCAUUUAUUUGAUUUAUUCUGUUUCUUUCCCAAGUGAGUGAAUAAAGGAGAGAAGCUGCAUUUACUGUGACUGAGGAGCCUUAUUGUUUGCUUGGUAUUUUACCUUUGUGUUUUCAUCUAAGUAUUUUACUCGAUUGCAUUCUAAAUCCAUUUGGACAUUUUACUCCUUUAUCUGUUUGUCGGUUUUUCGAGGCUCAUUUAAUACAUUUCUGUCUUUUUACUUGUGCUUUUGUCUAAAUCAAAUGUUCCACUGCUUCCUUCACCGCUGGAAAACGUAGAGGCAUAAUCUCUGUUAAAAUGACUAUGAGUUACAACUUAAUACAAAGCAGUGACAAUAAAGUGGUGGAGGUGAAGAUGAAAAACAA